UGGCGGGAUCCUGGUGCACCAUGAACCUUGGGUCCGGCCCGGUUCCGGGCCGAUAAGCACUGUGCACGCCGCCCUGUAUUUGUUCCUGGGCCUCGGCUGAGAAGGCAGCAGCGCCGGGGCAAGAAACUCUAGGACGGCGCAGGGCCACCUCUUUCUCAGCACACGACAGAAAGCACCCCAUCCAGAGCGUCGCUCCUGGGCUCCCAAGUGAGGGUCUACGCCAGCCGAGGACUGGAAGAGCUGAGGCGCUCUGAAGAGGGGCGAGAGAAAUUGGGAAGAGCAGCGGGAAGGGAGCCGCCUGCGCGGGCUGGGCGGUCGGGCAGCGGGGAGUCGAGACCCGGGCCGCCACCGUCACCUCGGCCGCUGCGGCCGCCAUCGCCUAUUUCCCCCGCCCCCGCACCAUGGCCGAGGAGCUCUCUGCGGCCACUUCCUACACCGAAGAUGAUUUCUACUGCCCAGUCUGUCAGGAGGUGCUCAAGACGCCGGUGCGGACCGCGGCCUGUCAGCACGUUUUCUGUAGAAAAUGUUUCCUGACUGCAAUGAGAGAAAGCGGAGUACAUUGUCCCCUGUGUCGUGGAAAUGUGACUAGAAGAGAGAGAGCGUGUCCUGAACGGGCCUUAGACCUUGAAAAUAUCAUGAAGAGUUUUUCUGGUAGCUGUAGAUGCUGUGCAAAACAGAUUAAAUUUUAUCGCAUGAGACAUCAUUACAAAUCUUGUAAGAAGUAUCAGGAUGAAUAUGGUGUUUCUUCUAUCAUUCCAAACUUUCAGCUCUCUCAAGAUUCAGUAGGGAACAGUACUAGAAGUGAAACAUCCACAUCUGAUAACACAGAAACUUAUCAAGAGAAUACAAGUUCUUCUGGGCAUCCCACCUUUAAGUGUCCCUUGUGUCAAGAAUCAAAUUUUACCAGACAGCGUUUACUGGAUCACUGUAACAGUAAUCACCUAUUUCAGAUAGUCCCUGUGACAUGUCCUAUUUGUGUGUCUCUUCCUUGGGGAGAUCCUAGCCAGAUAACUAGAAAUUUUGUUAGUCAUCUGAAUCAAAGACAUCAGUUUGAUUAUGGAGAAUUUGUGAAUCUUCAGCUAGAUGAGGAAACACAAUAUCAAACUGCUGUUGAAGAAUCUUUUCAAGUAAACAUCUGAAGGCUGUAUGCGUCUUUGCAUCUUUGUUACCUGCAAGUGCCAUCUUUAAGGGGAAAAUGACAUGAAGUCACUGUUUCAGUAACUUGAUGUGUAUAUUAAUAAAAGUAAUUCAGUC